AUGGCUGGGCAUAGAGUCUACGCAGGCGUAUUUGGCUGCUCGCGGCGACGGACGGUUCGGCUCGGCUUCGCCGUUGGUGGCUGCGUCGCCGUCGCCGAGCGAGCAGCGGGCGAAAAUACCCCGCCUACAUCACCCGGUACCUCUUGCCACCACGCCUCCACGUUUCUCUCUCUUCCCCUCUCCCUCUUUCUCUCUCGCGCGCGCCUCAGCGCUCCGCUGCGCGACGGCAGCGGCGGCGGGGAGUGCGGCCGCUAUCAAGAACGGCGUGCGGAACUUUUUAUGCCACGUAACCGGCGAUCAAUAUCGCGCUCGCGAAGAUUUCUUGGGCCGGGGCGCGUCGCGGAAGACUCCUGUUUCUAUGCAUUGCCUGCCAAAGAAUUGAACCUGAUGUUUCCAAACGAAUCUAGUUCACAUGAUAUUUCUAAAACAUAUGCCUUCAAAGUAAAUUUUAAUGACGCUAACGUAGACACUAACGAUGUGCCAGAAAGGGUAGCAGAGCCACCCCUGGCGGGCUUUGCCCACAGCAACGAAGCCGUACGGCGUCCGGCCUCAGCGCCGCCCGCGCCGCGCAAGCCUGCAUUUCCUACCAACCAAGUGCCUGUUCUAAGGGACACAAGUUCCCGCCCCCAUGCCGAAAAGCCGGUAAGCACGUGGGUGUGCCCCCGGCUGGAGCCCGUUGCAGCCUCUUUGGCAGCUAUGACAAUCCCAGCAGGAGGGCGUGGGGCCCUGACAGGCAGCGGCUUCCCCAACUCCACCACUACGGGGCUAGGCCCCAGUGAAGAUAAGGCUGAGGCUAUGAGCCAACAGCAGCAACAGCAGCAGCAAGAAGAGGGCUGCGGGGGGGACUGGGUUGGGGCAGGAGCUGGCCCCUCCACUAUGUCCCUUCCUGUGGCGGCCAGUGCAGUAGCAGCAUCUGUGAUAUCCAGCUCCGCACCCCCACGUCACGGCACCGUAGCAGAGCCUCCGUCCUUUGCGACUAGCCUCGGUGCACAGCAGGGCUUCAAUGCAAUGUUAGCCAGUCACCUGGGAUCUUCCAACAGCAAUAGUCUGUCUCGUCGAGAUGCACAAAGUCACCACAGCGAUGUCAGCUUUACUGACGUGGACCCCACCCAUGUCUCUCAGGCCAUUGAAAAUCCAAAUAAAUCAAGCAACCAAGUCCAAGAGGAAACAAGUAUGCAAUCUUGUGUGAACUUUCGUAGUGAAGUAGCAAAGGCUGAAGAGGAGGAAGUGACGACCUGCAGCGGGAGUGUGCCCCCAGGGCAGGAAGGGGGAAUCCCGCAAACCACUGGUGCUCUUUCCGAUCAGGAUAAGCUUAAGUUUAAGGCUAAAAUCAUGGGUAAGACUGUGAGUCUGCCCAUUGCAGCCCAGGGUGAAACUCUGGCUGCGACAAACAUUCCUUCACCAUGUGACAGCGCAUUGGUGAAUCUUCACGCAACAGUCCAGGGUAUCUCUGACAGUAACCCACCACCAAGCUUUAAUAAUCUUAAUGUUAAUGCUAAGAAUAAUGUAACUUUAACUAGUGUGGGAGAGGCGAGUGUAGGCCCUGCUUCAAAUGCUCGGUGGGGCAUCCCUCGUGGUUUGGGCCUCCGGGGAGGUGGCGAGAGCUCAUCAAGUUGGGGCACGCCACCGUCUGGAGGCAGCACUGCGGGAUCUGGAUGGGGUGGAAGUGGAGGAGGAGGUCAAACAGGAGGAUCCUCAAGCGGAGGCUCCCAAGGCCAAUGGGGAGGUGGUUCCAAUUCUGGAAACCAAUCAUCUGGCGGUAACAACAUGAACAGGGGCUCUGGAGGAGGGCAAGGACAAGGCUCCGGUGGACAGAAUGGAUCAGGUAAGAGGAAGUGA